AGGAACUGGCCCGGCUUACGAGCCUCUAGGGACCGGGCGGGGCGUUAGGGCCUACUGCUCCCGCGGCCCCCACCAGGUUUGCAGGAGUGUGAGCGCUGCCCCGCCCCUUUCCUCCCGAAGCCCGGCGCCCUUGUCCCGGCGGCGCCCGGCCGGACAUGCUGCCCAACUGCCUGUCGGCGGAGGGCGAGUGGCGCUGUCGGCGGCUGCUGGCGGAGGCUACAGCCCGGCUCCGCACGCGGCCUGCGGCGGCCGCAGUGCUUGUGCCGCUGUGCUCCGUGCGCGGGGUCCCGGCGCUGCUCUACACGCUGCGGUCCAGCCGCCUGGCCGGGAGGCACAAGGGUGACGUCAGUUUCCCAGGCGGCAAGUGUGACCCCGCUGACCAGGACGUGGUGCACACGGCCCUGAGGGAGACCCGCGAGGAGCUGGGCCUGGCUGUGCCUGAGGACCAUGUGUGGGGUGUCCUACAGCCCGUAUAUGACCAGAGGAAGACCACCGUGGUGCCCGUGCUAGCCGGUGUGGGCCCACUGGAUCCCCAAAGCCUCAAGCCCAACCCCGAGGAGGUGGACGACGUGUUUGCACUGCCCCUAGCCCACCUGCUGCAGGCGCAGAACCAGGGCUACACCCACUUCUGCCAGGGUGGCCACUUCCGCUACACACUACCUGUCUUCCUUCAUGGGCCAUACCGUGUCUGGGGGCUCACAGCUAUCAUCACCGAAUUCACCCUGCAGCUGUUGGCACCUGGUGCCUACCAGCCCCGCCUGGUCUUGCCUGGGCAGUCCAGGGGCUGAAGGCCUGGCCCUCAGUGGCCCCUGCCUUCUCCCUGCCAGACCAGCACCGCUCCAGGACUGAAUAAAGAGCCUUUACCAAC